AUGAUGACAACGGAUGACAUGGACAUUAAAUUUGGUAUUCGAAAGAUUAUAUGGUCAGAUUAUGCACAUACUACGCCAGUUUUAUUACAAGAAGAAAAUGGCCCUUGUCCAUUAAUUGCAUUAGUGAAUACCUUAGUUUUGAAGAAUGAUAUAGAAACCAGAACGAAUCAAUUGAAUGAUAUAGAGAACAGUGAAUUACAAAUUGAGGUUGAAAAGUUUAAAAAUCAACUCCUUGAACAGAAAUUGAUCUCCUUAAAAGACUUGUUAUCACAAGUAGGAGAUUUGUUGAUUAAAUUUAAUGGCGAUAAUAAAGACAUCGAUAAAUUCUUAGAAAGUUUACCAUUACUUCACACAGGGUUGAAUAUCAACCCAAACUUGGUCGAUGGAGGUUUUGAAACUGACUUAGCCACAGAAUUGUUCACGUUAUUCAAUCUUAAAAUCAAUCAUGGUUGGAUUUAUGAACCCCAAGAUGCUGAGUUGAACUCAACAAUGACGAAGUUACAAAACUUCGAUUCAGUUCAAGAUUAUCUUUUAACAACCGAUGAUGAGAAGUUAAAGCAAUGGCUCGAUGAAAACUCAACCCAAUUGACGCAACAUGGAUUAUCAAAAUUAAACAAAUUGAUUGAUAUAGAUGAAUUCAUAGUAUUUUUCAGAAAUAAUCAUUUCAGUACAUUAUUCAAGAAGGGAGAUAAUGAUUUCUAUUUGCUUUUGACGGAUUCUAGUUUCGAUAAGAAAGAAAUUGUGUGGCAAUCCAUAAUCUCCAUUAGUGGAAAAGAUGAUUUAUUUUUCAAUGGUGAAUUUACACCAAUCUUAGAAGAAGGUAGAGACGUUGCUGGAGAUGAUGAUUUGAGAUUAAUCAAACAACUCCAAGAACAAGAGGAUGCCGAAUAUGCUAAGAAUUUACAAAAGUCUUAUCAAAAACGGAAACCUCCAGUUAAAGAACCUAUUAAAGAAACUAGUGAUAAAAAAAAGAAAGAGAGAAAGAAAAAAGGUAAUUGUAUAAUAGUAUAA